AGGGGGGUUCGGCCGCAACCACUGGUCUCUGCGUUUGCCUUCCGUGUAGGGCCAGGUUGUAGUAAGAGGGAAGAGGGGCCGGGGUGAGAACCAGCUCCCCCACCGAGCAAUGGGUGUGGGCCCUACACUAACUGGGCUUGAAUUCCCACCACCAUAAAUUGAGGACAAUAAAUAAUAGGUACUUUAUCGAUCUCAUCCGAGGAUUAAAUGACAAUGUAUGUGCAAACACUGUACAUGGAAAAGCUGACCACAAUUGCUCCAUAAAUCUUAACCUAUGAAGUUCAAACAUAGGGCACCUGGGAUCCAGGAAGCACCCACUUCUAAAUUCACAAUCCCGUCUCCAGGGGACCUGUCUUGACCUGGAUGCUUUAACCGUUUACAUUUUUGUGGUUUAAUUCCUUUUAAACUCCGGAUUGGUUCUGGUUCUGCGGUUAUUCAUUUUUUGCGUGCGUGAUUUUUUUUUUUUUUUAAAAGUAAUCUCUAUGCCCAACAUGGAAUGAACUCAUGGCCCAAAGAUCAAGAGUUGCAUGCUCUACGGACUGAGCCAGGCAAGCACGCCCCCGGCAUUAUUCUUCAAACCAAACUUUAUUAACUGUUUCUGCAUCCAGGCCCUGUAGUAGGCCUCAAGGGGACAAAAGAGCCUUCACACAGCUCAAGGUCCAUUGGAAAAUGUAUCGUCUGUCUCCCCCACGUGGAUGUGGGCUCCGAUGAAGACAGGGGCCUUGUUUUACAAGGGUUUCCCAGUUGCUGUUCUAUUUGCAGCACUUAGAAUAUUGCCUGGGCCCAAAUACAUUAUUGCUAUAUAAAUAUAUAUUGGCUAAACACAGGAAAGUGUGUGGAGAGCAGGCAAAUCGGGUGGUGUGCCCCAUGACAGAUGAGCCAUUGUUUUUUCUUCCCAAAUUAGGAGUCCACCUGGUGGUCAAAGCUAGGAAAACAUUCAGGGGAAGGACCCAGGAAGCGACAGAAGAAGCAGCAUCUCUUGUUCCUAGGGGCUUCUCAAUCCCCUGUCCAUAAACUUCCUAGAAUUGUUCCUGUCUGUGUAUACUUUCUUUUCCGGGGAAGGGGUACCCCAGAUUAUCUGGGAGUCAGGGCCCCAACCACUAAGAAGAUCCUUUCUAGCUCCCACAGUUUCUGGAUUCUUGCCCCAUCUCUCCCUCUAAUGCUCCCUCUAAUCCUGGAGGUCCCUAAGGUUGCUGCUGACCAAUCCUGUCCAGCAUUUCAGAGCAUCACUUCCAUCCCUAGACUUAGGCUCUCCACUUCCCAGUGUGGGAGCUGGGAGUUUCCCAGCUUGCUGACCGUGACCUUAGACAAGUUGCUUGCCAUUUCUAAGCCCUGGUUCCAUCACCUGCAGAAUAAAAGGGUAAUCCCCACCUCCUAUACCAUUUAUGAGGAUUGAAUAACAAGGCCUGCAGGAAGUAACCACAAGCCAUGGCCUGCAGUAAAUGUUCAGCAGGGGGUGGUUUAUUCAACUGGUCAGCUCUCUCAGCCCCUCCUCCAGCGCUGGGAGCCUCGGUCUCCCUGAGCAGAGAAUGGAGUCUGCAGGGUUCCCGGAAUGGAUUAGUUUCAGGUGUCACCUAAUCCGGGAGGUCCUUCCGUAAUCAGAGCCUUCAGAGCGGCAGAGGGGAUAUAAAUCGCGAACGGGGCCCAGCUCACAGGCUGCAGAAUGGAGAGGGGGGCCGGAGCCCAGCUGUUCCUCCUGCUGUGGGCCACUUGCUGCGGACACGCACAAGCCAACCACCCGAGCGACUACGGUUCGGUCAUCGACGUGACCAAUGGGGGUCCUUGGGGCGACUGGGCCUGGCCCGAGAUGUGUCCUGAUGGAUUCUUUGCCAGCGGGUUCUCGCUCAAGGAGGAGCCCCCCCAAGGCAUUCCUGGCGACGACACUGCUUUGAACGGGGUCCGACUGCACUGCUCACGCGGGAGCGUGGAGCACAACACGCACGUGGUGGAGUCCGAGUCUGGAAGGUGGGGCGCGUGGAGUGAGCCCCUGUGGUGUCCCGGCGGUGGCUUCCUCGUGGCUUUCUCGCUGCGCGUGGAGGCCCCCCAGACCUACGGGGACAACACAGCAGCCAACAACGUUCGCUUCCGCUGCUCAGACGGCACGGAGCUGGAGGGGCCCGGCCUGGCCUGGGGCGACUUUGGAGAAUGGAGUAAGCCCUGCCCCAAAGGCAUGUGUGGUUUGCAGACGAAGGUGGAGCAGCCGAGGGGCCUCUGGGAUGACACUGCCCUGAACGACGUGCGCUUUUUCUGCUGCCGCAGUUAACGAGGGCGCCCGCCCCGGGGCCGGUCCCACCGCUCGCUAUUAAAGCUUCUCUGUCUUGGC